CCGGCCCAACCCCUCCUCCAAGUCUGACCGUGCGCCGCGCGUGUCGUACGUACAUAAGCGGGGGCCUCCGCUAGCUAGCUAGCCGGAGGGAUCAGCACGUCUCCCAGUCGCCUCCAGCAACAAGCUCCGUCUCAUUCAUUCGCCAGUGGCAAGCUUAUCGCCGGCCGGCCGGCCACCCACCCUCGCGCGAUCAAUCGAUCGGUACGGUCAAGCUAGCUAAGACGAGCUAUGGCCAUGCUCGGGAGGAAGAGAGGGGGAUCGUCGUCGGCCAAGCUGCCACCCCACGCCGAGGACCCGCGUGCGGCUCCUCCGCCGCCGCAGGCCGGCCUCACCGCCACCGACGGUGGGCAGGAGGUGGCCAUGUCGCAAUUCGUCGCGCAGCUAGACGAGGCGGCGCGGAAGAGGCUGGACAGCAUGAACCAGAGGCUCAGGUGGCUGGAGCAGCAGAUGGAGACGCUGGAGGCGGAGGUCGGGAAAGCCAGCUCCGCCGACUGAUGAUCACCUAGUACAUCUUUGUAGCAACACCCUUUUUUCUUUAGUCUUACAGAUAUGUAGUUCGAUGAUGAUGAUGAUGAUCUGAUCGCCUUUUCUAGCUUAAUCUCUCUUUUGUUCGAUGCGUUGGAGCAGCGCCUUUUUGCCUGGAACCUCUGCCACGUUUUAGGGGUGAGUAUUUGAUCCUGGGUCUAACGUGUUUGCCUACGAUUCAUUCUGACAUGGAAAAGUAUGGCCGUUAGUUCAUCACUUCA